AUGCCUAUGAGAAAGGAUAAGCUGAUCUUACUACUAGGAAUGAUCUGUUUGGAACAGAGUAAAUCUGCAACCCUCUCUCUCCCCAAAGCUCCCACAUGUGGACGGAGUCUGGUAAGGGCACCGGUUCUGAGUUACUUCAACAUUUUUAGUCGGAUUGUGGGGGGAAGCCAAGUAGAAAAGGGAUCCUAUCCCUGGCAGGUGUCUUUGAAAAAAGGGCAAAAGCACAUCUGUGGUGGGACCAUCAUCUUCCCACAGUGGGUGGUUACAGCAGCUCACUGUACUGCAAACAGAAAUAUUGCAUCAGCUUUGAAUGUUACUGCUGGAGAAUAUGACUUAAGUCACAAAGAGCCAGGAGAGCAAACCCUUGCUGUUGAAAUCAUCAUUGUGCACCCAAACUUUUCCACAAAGAGACCAAUGGACUAUGAUGUUGCUCUUCUGAAGAUGGCUGGAACCUUCCAUUUUGAUCAGUUUGUGAGGCCCUUGUGUCUUCCAGAGCCAGGGGAACGAUUUGAAGCCGGUUUGAUUUGUACCACUACAGGCUGGGGCCGCUUGACUGAAACUGGCAACCUCCCACAGGUCUUACAGGAAGUGAGCCUGCCCAUUAUCACCCAGGAGGAGUGCAUGACUGCUCUGUCCACCCUAUCUAAACCCAUAAGUGGACAGACUUUUCUCUGCACAGGCUUCCCAGAUGGAGGGAGAGAUGCAUGCCAGGGAGAUUCAGGAGGUUCCCUCAUGUGCCGGAAUAAAAAGGGAGCUUGGACUCUGGCUGGUGUGACUUCCUGGGGCUUGGGCUGUGGUCGAGGUUGGAGAAACAAUGUCCAGAAAAAUGAUCAAGGAUCCCCUGGGAUCUUUACAGAUCUUAGCAAAGUGCUUCCUUGGAUCCACAAACACAUCCAAAUUGGGAAGCAGAGAAAGAGCUCAUCAGCUGCAUGCAGUGGGCAGGAUCACGUGGUCAGCCAGUCUGAGGGGGAGCUGCACUUCCCAGAAAGCCCCAACCUAUAUUAUGAGAACAUGCAAAUAUGUGUCUGGACCCUGGUGGGAGCAGAGGAAAUGCAUCUGUUGCUUUAUUUUUUCUACUUGGAUGUGGAGUCUUGUGACCACACUCACCUACUGAUAUAUUCUGAUGAAGACAGAAUUAUUGGGAAAUUGUGUGGCCAAAGACUGUCUUCAUCGAUGCUUAUUGGCUCCAACUCUAUCAGGAUAAGAUUCGCCUCUGAUGGCACAGAUCAUGCCUCCGGGUUUAAUCUCACCUAUCAAGCCCUUAAGCCGCACUACCGCCCGGAUUCAGGGUGCGGUUCUCUAACUGUCCUUUUUGAGGAAGGCUCCAUACAGAGUCUUCACUAUCCUGAAGAGUACAGUGACAUGGCCAACUGUAACUGGGUUUUUCAAGCCCCCAAACAUUAUAUAAUUAAGCUUUCCUUUCAGAAUCUGGAAAUAGAAGAAAGUGGAGACUGCACUUCUGACUUUGUGGAGGUGUACAGGGAUGUGGAGAGGAAGCAGGAAAUAGCCCGGCUAUGUGGCUUUGUCACCCCUGGGCCUGUGCUGAGCAACUCUGGUGUGAUGUUCAUUAGCUUCCAAUCUGAUGAAAAAACAACCUUCAGAGGCUUUCAGGCCACAGUCUCCUUCAUUCCUGAAAAAGAUUUAAACAUAUCUAUAUCAGAGGAAGAGUCUAUGUUUCUGGAGGCGUGGAAUGUACUACAUGAGGAAACCUUUGUUUCAGCUGCCCUGGACAGGCAGGCUGAACUGGUGCCAAGAAUCAUGGUUCUGAGACAACUUCUGCAGAUGACUGGCAGAUACCAUGGAGAUUCUCAUCGGGGACCCGGGAUGUUUCGGACAAUCUAUAAACAGGGCAGGAAGGAAGCUCUCCAGCAUGGCUGCUUAGCUGCCCCGUGGGGUCCUGGUCGCGCGAGGAGGCAGGGUGGUCUCGCGAGGCUGAGGCGCCCCUCUCUCCCCGCGGGGUCUUGGUCGCGCGAGGAGGCAGGGUGGUCUCGCGAGGCUGAGGCGCCCCUCUCUCCCCGCGGGGUCCUGGACGCGCGAGGAGGCAGGGUGGUCUCGCGAGGCGAAGGCGCACCCACUCCCCCACCCCCGCGGACCCGGGAGCGCGACCCGAUCCCGCGAGAAGAGCCCUAUGAGCGGCGCGCGGCUCCUGGCCGAGCCCUCUCCCCGCGGCAGCCGGCCGCUCCGCCAGACUCUCUGGUCCGCCAGGCGGAGCUGCGGGGCGACGCCCCGAGUCAGCGGGCUCACUGGUGGGGGAGACGCGCCCCGCGUCCCGGCCAGCCCCGCUAA